UAUAAGAGUCGCUUUAAGAAAAAAAAAGCUACAUUCAAUUUCCCAUCGUCCACCGCGGCACCUUUCUCCUUCCAGCUGUGAGUAGCCUCGGUUUGGACAACACCAGUCGACACAAAUGUCUCCGUUUUAAACGGAAAUUUUGGCCUAAACGCAUCAAAACAGCGCAGCUUCAGUGACCGAUAACGUCUCUGUCAGUGGACGCCGCUCGCGGUGCGGAUUUCUGCCCGGAGGACGAGAACAAAGCCGAAUGAGAAGCUCCCGGAGCGGCGGAGGACUGUUCUGCUCAAGUGAUGGCACCCACGCGGAUGAAACUGCGCGUGCGUCGCCGUGACAACACGGCAGGAGGUGCAGGGGAUGGUCAGCCAGCGCGACAAGGGGAGAGGCGUCGAGAAAGUGCCGGUCGUGGCAGCAGGCGAAAAAAUGCCAGCAACACUACAGCCGAACCUGCUUCUGCUGCCGCCGCUGCUGCGGCCACCUCCUCAGCUCUUCCCACUUCCUCUGCAUCUGCUUCUGUGCGGGCAGUGAUGGCGGCAGAGGAUGCCUCACCUGACUCCAAGUGCCCCAUCUGCCUCGACCGUUUCAACAACCUGGCGUACCUGGACCGCUGCCUGCACCGCUUCUGCUUUCCCUGCAUCCAGGAGUGGUCGCAUAACAAGCCCGAAUGUCCGCUCUGCAAGCAGCCCUUUACCUCAAUCCUGCAUUCCGUGCGUGCUGAGAAUGACUUCAAGGAGUACACAUUGAGGCCGGCGCCUGCCGACAGCAACAUCGCCGCCACUGUGGCGAUGGUCGCGGCGAUGGCAUCAAGGAUUGACCAUCAGAUGAGGCUCCAGUUGCGAAGGCACAGAGUGGAAGAUGGCGGUGAGAUGACCACAAGAAGGCACAGAAGGGAGAGGGGAGGAGGAGGAGGAAGCCGGCGAGCCGGGGAGCGGUCCAGGGGACUGGAGUGGUACCUUGACUCUAAUAAUCUCCCCCACAUUCCCCACCAUCCAUCUGUCGGGACAGACGAUAGCGAUGAGGCAGAAAACCUAGCGCAGCGGCCUCUAAGGAGAGAGGCGGAUCUGGCGGAGCGGGGCGUGAUAUUCGAGGGACUAACAGGGCUUGGGGGGGCAGUGGCACCGCUGGCGCCCAAUGAACGGGCGUCACGGCGCUUGAUAACGCGUCUAGCAGCAAGGCAGCGGGUGCAGCGAGAAGGUGGAUCCGUGCGGCGUCUGAGGGAGAGAGAGAUGGUGGCCUUCCGUCGCGCCCUUUACCGCUGUGGGAUACGGGUUUGUGGUGUCGCUGGGGUCACUGGUAACCAGGGUAACCAGCAGCGUGACAUCACCGCGGAGAGCUUCCGUCAGAAUUCUGCUCACCUGAACAGACUCCGCCCAUGGUUGCGCAGAGAGUUGACAGUACUGUAUGGAGCACAUGGAGUGCUGGUCCACAUUGUCCAGCGCCUCAUCAUGGCACGGCUUGCCCUCCACGGGCUGGAGGACACGCCUACAGUAGAAGAAGAGCUACGACCUUUCCUAUUGGCUCGCACUGACCAUUUUCUGCAUGAGCUGGUAAGCUUUGCCCGCUCCCCCCUCAGCCUGGACAACUACGACCUGCAGGCGGUGUAUGAGCCGCCAGCUGCUGCUCUGGAGCUGGACGGAGUAAGCAGCUCGUCUGAAAGCAGCUCUGUCAUUGCCAUUUCUGAGGGUGAGGAAGAGGAGCAGACGAGAGGAAGGUCAGAGGAGGGUCUGCAGGGGCGAUCUGUGGGGGCACAUGACAUCGACAUCCAGACGGGAAGCUGUCUCAGCCUAUCAGCCUGGGACGAUGAGACUCCAGGCCCGUCCUACUCCACCGCUGAACCGUCGUGUUCCUUGGCGUCACUGUCAUUUAGUCCCGUCCCUCAAGAAGCCUCCCAUGAGGUGGGGGGAGAGAAGCGGGAGGAGGGGGAGGCAGAGGAGGAGUGUCUGAUUGUUGGCUACAAAAAGCCAAUAGCUGAGCGAACCCCAGAGCUGGUGCAGCUGUCCUCUGACACGGAGGAGGAUGCAGAGGAGAAGAAAGAAGAGAAGGAGAAGGUGGAGGUGGAGGAGAAACCCCCUCCCCUCACCUCCACGCCUCCUCCCCUCUCUUACCUUCCCACGGUCCCACCCUCCACAUCAGGCGCAUACAGAGACAAAAAGGCAGACGCACUGAAGGACAAAGGCGGUGAAGCCGAAGGGCAGCCCUCGCGUGGCCGCUCAUGGUCCGGCAGCUCAGGGAGGAGCCCCGGGUCCGUGUUCACGCUGAGUCCAAGCGAACGGCUGCAGGAAAGCUGGAAAGACCGAAAGCAGUCAGGCAGCGAGGCAGCGAAAGAGAGGAGGAGGCGCAAGAAGAGGAGGAGAGGAAGGGAAAGGAGCAGCGAGUGGCUGAGAAGGAGCGGCACCCUGUUCAACCCCAACCGCGCCAUGUAUCCAGCCAUGAUGCGUCGGCGUUCACCCUCACCCUUUCACUCCAGCAUCGAUUCUGGCUCACCACUGCCUCCCAGCCCGCCCGACUCCAGCUGGGACUACAACUGCUCCCCCCUCUCCUCCUCUAUCUCCUCAUCAUCCCACUCCUCCUCCUCACCCCUGUCUACCUCUCCUCACCCUUCGCUGCCACCACAGACGCCGCCGACGCCCUCGCUGUCCCCCAGAAAUCCUUGUGGUGGUGAAAAACCCGGGGGGAAGAGGAAGUACAAGAGCCGGCAUUUAGACAGCAACAAGGAGGAGGCCAGCAGGAGGCCAAGCAACAGCCUGCGAAGGGAGAAGAGAAGGAAGAGGAUGGAGAAGGAGAGGAGGAAGAGGAGGGGGGGAGAUGGAGGGAGGAGAAGGGAAAGGCACCAGAGGGGCAGUCAUAAGGAGGCGGGAGGAUACGGUGGAGAGAGCAGCAGCAGAAGGUUGAGGGAGGAGCGCAGUCCCAGUGUGGAGAUUAUCUACGAGGGCACCACCACCGCUGGAGGGACACAACCUCCCUGCAAACGCCGCAAAAGGCGCCCCCGCAGGACGCAGCACAGCAGUUCUCCAGUCAUCAUCACUCUGGACAGCGACAGCAGCCGUGACGCCAUCAGCAACCGGCACGCUGGCGGCGGCAGCAGCAGCAGCAGCCCACUCAGCAGCCAGCAGACGGUGGACUUCUCUGACCUCCCCCCCCUCGCCCUGCUGCAUUCUGCCAGCGCUGCCGGGGGCCUGGAAGCACACGUUGGUGAGCUUCCAGUUGACAUCCUGGACCGAGGAUCUGACGGGUCCGAUACCGAACCGGUGGAACAACCUGAGGCUCUGGUCCCGGUCGACAAGGGGGGCAGUGACCAUGAAGUGGACGUGGAAAGUGUGGAAAGGAGCAGCUCUGUGCUGGGACGUAAAGCUGCAAAGGACGACACCAGUAAUGACCCUAGAGAACCAGCAGGUGGCACUGGUCCAGCAGGAGGUGCUGACAGAUGCCUGCUGGCCACAGUCCUCAGUGACCUGAGGGGGAUCUCUGCUCCUCAGAGCGACGUGGCCUUUGGCUUUGAGCCCAGCUGUUCACCUGAAAGCAGAAACCAGCGCUUCAGGAACCCAUGCGAGGAACCCGUCGCUCCGGCCUCUUCCAACGAGGACCCACGUUUGGCUCAGAGCAAAGCUGUCAGUGCAUCUUUUCCUGAGGAGCGUCAGGGUCGGGGCUUGGACUUGUCCUCAUGUCAUCGGUCCCGUGGGAAACAGGACCCCCUUCCUCCAGGUCACGCCCACUUACUUCACCUCGCUGACACCGGCUCCACAGUUGUGGGUUCAGAUCCCACUGCCAGUCUGCACUCGGCUGAGUUCUGCAGAAGAACCCGGAGGUUCCCUCAGGUUCCAGCGCUGGACAGGCGCUUCGGCCUGGCGCUACGGGAGCUGGGCUCUGCCAGCGGUGCAGCCAUGGAGCGGUCCUCCCGUCACGUAGCACCCGCUGGCUCCCAUUCAGCGGCUGCAGGCGCUGAGGACCUCUGGUCCUCAAAGUUCCGUUCCAGCACAGAGAACGCACACGGAACGCGUUCUGCUCCCAGAGCGUCGUCCACAGACUCGCUUCCUGUGGGUUCAGGGGCUCUGUUCCACUCAGCAGGGAGCAGCUGGUCCUCAGGAGAACCCGCUGACUGUGACUCUACCUCUGGAGGCCAGACCCGCAGCGCGCUGCCCUCCCACCUCCACCCCCACACGCAGGUUCCUGCUAAAGACCCGUGCGCCGGUGGGGGCGCUUCAUCAGGAGCCCACUCUAACAACACGUCACCCCUCGUUUCACUCUCACCCACUGACGCCAGAACUCACGACUCCCAGACGUUAGAUGAAAAGCAGAGCUGCUUGGCCUCGGACGCAGGCGGCCGGACAGGAGUCAGUGAGGAGCACAGACCUCCUCCCACCACCCCCGCGCCUCCUCCCAUCGGCACCGCGCCUCCUCCCAUCGGCACCGCGCCUCCUCCCACCGGCCCCGCGCCUCCUCCCAUCGGCACCGCCCCCGCGCCUCCUCCCACCGGCACCGCCCCCGCGCCUCCUCCCACCGGCACCGCCCCCGCGCCUCCUCCCAUCGGCACCGCGCCUCCUCCCACCACCCCCGCGCCUCCUCCCAUCGGCACCGCGCCUCCUCCCAUCGGCACCGCGCCUCCUCUCUGCGCCCCCGCGCCUCCUCCCACCGCCCCCGCGCCUCCUCCCACCGCCCCCGCUCCGCUCACUGCUCCAGUCCUCCCCACCCCCCCUGACAGAGCCUUCAGCCACGCGGCCUUCUGCUCCCGUCCCCCUGCUCUCACCAUGGGCUUCCACACAUCACCGAGGAAGUGCGCUUCCAACGUCCUCUGCCUGAAUGAGUCCGAGCCUAAACAUCGGAACCACGUUGGUGCCGGCUCCACGUCCCGGUUCCACUCUGACUCCUACUCGCGUACGCUGCACAUUGACUCCCAGUGUGAGUCUCAGCCGCCCACUGACCUACGUCCCAGGAACUCUGUGAAAGACCUCGGGCUCCACACAAACAGCUGCUUGUCGCUUCCCCAGCGCCCCGUCAGGACCCAGUGGAACUCCAACUCCACCGACACCCACUCAGACUCGCAGUCGCCCGUUGACGAGCGCUCAGGCAGCAGUGUCUGGAACACGCUGCCGUUCAGGACCGACGACUGA